AACAUUUAAUAGAAAACAUAUGUAAUGAAUUGGAGAUUAACUAGACAAUAAGUCGUAUAUAAACCACGGAUUUUUCGAGCUCUUUUAUAAAUUCUAAUCAUUAUGACCAUGAUUACAAGAAUCACCAGAUUGUUUCUUUAAGUUUCCCAGGAUUCAUUGGUCCUGAAUCAAUCUAGGACGUCUCGAACAAAGGCUUUCAACUUUCCACCAGAGGUUAUUAUGGUCAUUUUACGGCAUGUAUCAAGUGAUAACACAUUGCCCUUGGAUGCCAAAUGUGCCCUACGAAAUAUAGCCGUUGGAGAAUCUUAUAACUCUUUUACCUAAGUGAAGACCAAACUCCAGGUUUUUCAACCGUAACCGUUAUAUGGUGGAAUUCCACCACAGAAAUAAAAAAUAAAAAUAAAAAAAUAGCCGUUAUCUGAUAAACAAAGGAUGAUGAAGAACUAGUCUUUCGAUCCCACCCAAUCUCUCCUGCCUGACCUCUUUACAUUAUUUUUCUUCCUUGCUCACUCAGAUCUUCACAUGCUCCAACUGCCUCAAUUAUUUCUGCCUCCUUAUUUAUCUUCCAUUUCGUUUCUUCCUCACUUACAAAAAUAUACUUCACACCUUGAGCUCAACCCGAAAACGAUACCUUCGCUUCUCCCAUCGUUUUCGGGUUUUCUAGAGCUUGUUUCGUCCAACUUCUUCGAUUCUUCGUAGAAAUUGCGGUCCUUCGAUGUUUAUGGAAUAUAAGUCCUUCUUCAUCCAUGCCUUGCUCUUUGUUCAUCUUUUGGUUGUCACUUACCGGCCUGUUUCGGGCCAGCGAGGGAAUGAUGGAAUGAUUGUGACUCAAUCCGAUUACCAAGCUCUUCGAGCUUUCAAGCGUGAGCUCAUUGAUUUCACCGGCGUUCUGCGCAGCUGGAAUGAUAGCGGACGUGGAGCCUGCUCAGGCGGGUGGGCAGGGAUUAAGUGUGUGAACGGACAGGUUAUUGCAAUCCAGCUUCCGUGGAGGAGACUCGGGGGCCGAAUAUCUGAAAAGAUUGGGCAGCUGCAAGCGCUUCGGAAGCUCAGCCUGCACGACAAUGUCUUGGCUGGCCCUGUCCCCUUGUCUCUCGGCUUCCUUCCCAAUCUCAGAGGGGUUUACCUCUUCAACAACCGGCUUUCGGGGUUUGUCCCGCCUUCUAUUGGUAACUGCCCUCUUCUCCAAACUCUUGAUUUAAGCAACAAUUCGCUUACUGGCACGAUUCCUUCUAGUCUUGCAAAUCCUAAGAAGUUGUUUAGACUUAAUCUGAGCUUCAACUCGCUUUCGGGUUCCAUCCCAACAAGUCUCACCAAAUUCCGUUCUCUCACCAUCCUUGCCCUCCAACACAACAACCUAUCUGGUUCCAUACCAGGCACUUGGGAUGCUGGAAAUCGAAAUCUAAGUUACCAACUUAUGAUCCUGCCUCAUAAUCUGAUUUCCGGAACUAUUCCUAGUUCUCUGAGCAAAUUGGGUUUUCUUCAAGAGAUUUAUCUGGACAACAACCAGAUUUCCGGGACCAUUCCCGAAGAAAUAGGGGAGCUCACAAGGCUCCAGAAGCUAGACUUAUCCAACAAUGCCAUCAAUGGAAGCUUUCCUUCUAGCUUUUCCAACCUCUCCUCCCUUGUUUCGUUGAACCUCGAGGGCAACCACCUCGAUAACCAAAUCCCGCAAGGCCUGGAAAGGUUGCAGAACCUCUCAGUGCUCAACCUGAGGAAGAACAAUUUCAGUGGCCACAUUCCAGCAUCUGUUGGGAAUAUCUCUGGAAUCUACCAACUGGAUUUAUCCGAAAACAAAUUCAGUGGUGAAAUUCCUGCUUCACUUUCCAGCCUUGCCAAUCUCACUUCGUUCAAUGUCUCUCACAACAAUCUUUCUGGCGCCGUCCCUUCUCUGCUCUCAAAAAAGUUCAAUGCCAGCUCUUUCGCGGGGAAUCUUCAGCUGUGCGGGUACAGUGCUUCAACUCCGUGCUCUUCUCCCCCGCCUCAGAUUCUUCCAUCUUCUCCGCCAACGGAGCAGCCUUCGAAGAAAAAGCAUCACCACAAAUUUAGUACAAAGGACAUAAUUCUCAUAGCGGCUGGUGCCCUCCUGGCGGUUUUGCUUCUACUCUGCUGCAUUUUGCUUGUUUGUUUGAUCAGGAAAAGGUCUGCUUCAAAAGGAAAGAAUGGUAAAACCGCCAUGAAGGCCGCUGCUCCAGGGGGCGCUGCUAAGGCAGUUCCUGGUGGCGUUGGAGUUGAAUAUGGCGGUGAGGCUGGUGGGAGGCUUGUUCACUUUGAUGGGCCAUUUGUUUUUACAGCUGAUGAUCUGUUGUGUGCCACUGCUGAGAUAAUGGGGAAGAGCACAUAUGGGACUGCAUACAAGGCGACAUUAGAGGAAGGAAACCAAGUUGCAGUGAAGAGAUUGAGGGAAAAGACAGCGAAAGGUCAGAAGGAGUUUGAAAUGGAGGCUGCAGCAAUUGGGAAGAUUCGCCACCCGAAUCUCUUGGCUCUGAGGGCUUAUUACUUGGGACCCAAGGGAGAGAAGCUUCUCGUCUUCGAUUACAUGCCUAAGGGUAGCCUUGCAUCCUUCCUUCAUGCUCGAGGGCCGGAAACCAUCAUUGAUUGGCCAACAAGGAUGAACAUAGUGAUUGGCAUCACGCGUGGACUAUGCCACCUCCACAACGAGGAGAACAUUGUACAUGGAAAUCUCACAUCCGGCAACAUUCUGCUUGAUGAGCAGACAAAUGCUCACAUUGCAGACUUUGGCCUUUCACGCCUCAUGACUGCAGCCGCCAACACCAAUGUGAUUGCCACUGCAGGAACCCUCGGCUACAACGCACCUGAGCUCUCAAAGGCCAAGAAGGCCACAACAAAGACUGAUGUGUACAGCCUUGGGGUGAUCAUACUGGAGCUCCUGACAGGAAAAUCCCCUGGAGAACCGAUGAACGGCAUGGAUUUGCCACAGUGGGUGGCUUCGAUUGUGAAAGAGGAGUGGAUAAAUGAAGUUUUUGAUUUGGAGAUCAUGAGGGAUGUGCCAACCAUUGGUGACCUGCUGCUUAACACAUUGAAGUUGGCUCUGCAUUGUGUGGAUCCAUCGCCGGCUUUGCGGCCGGAAGCUCAGCAAGUUCUGGAGCAGCUGGAGGAGAUUAAGCCUGAUCAGCCAACUGGUGGUUCUGCAGAAGAAGGAGCAGAAGUACCACCAGCAGCAGGCAGCAGCAACUGAGUAGAAAAGGGUUAAUUACUUUUACUUGGGAUAAAUGUGGGUUUUAUAAUUGUCAGUUAAUUUGUUGAUAGGAUUUGGAGGAGAUAUAGAUAUAUUCUUUGGUAUAUGUAAAUAUAGGUUUUAAUUAUAUUGUUUGAUUCUUUUUGUUUCAAGCUGUGUUUCUGUUAACAAAGCAGAAGAAUGAAUAAUCAUUAUAAGAAAAAACAUGGUUAUGUGUUUAACUAUUUUCACUCA